AUGAUUGAGCUCGACCUUUGGGACCGGUACUGGUCCUUGGACUCGGCCGGAAUAGAAGAGUAUACCGGCUCAAAAUACUCAGAAAAGGCGAAGAUAAAUGAAAAAGUUCUACAGUACUUCCACGAUACUAUCGAAAAAAGAAACGACGGGUACUACGUAAGGUUACCGCUUGAAGAAACAUGUGACCAAUUGCCAACGAACAAAGCAAUAGCAUACCGUCGCCUUGCUAGCGUUAUGAAAAUGCUACAUGCAAACAGCGAAUUGCUGCAGCAAUAUCACAGCAUUUUUCAAGAACAGUUGGAGGCGGGAAUACUAGAGGAGGUAGUGAAUACGGUACCAGAGUACCGCACUACCGGUGUAACGGACGCAUAUCCGGGAGAACCGCGCGUGGUUCAUGCAAAAGAUCGAAUGACAGAAGAUCCCGCCGUCGACGGGCGACCGGAUUGA